AUGGAACCAUUUCAGAAUUGCAGACAUCUACAGAAGUACAAAAAUAGAUUGGGAAUGGGCUCAGCUAUUGCAAAUCAAAAUGGUAAGAUCUGGAUAUUUGUGGAUGAGGCAGUACAAUGGGAUCUGGUGCUGUACACAGAACAACAAAUCACUUUGAAGUUGAAUCAUCAAGACUUAGGCAAAGACAUUAUCCAUACUUUUGUCUAUGCUAAAUGUAAUGAAGGAGAGAGGCAGGAGCUAUGGAAUAAUUUGUAUCAGUUAGCAGGAUCCAUGAACCUACCAUGGAUCAUUGGUGGAGACUUCAAUGUGAUAUUGUUAGAAGAGGAAAAACUGGGAGGGCUUCCUGUCACAUUGAAUGAAUGUUAUAAAGAAAGUCCAUUUACUUGGCGGAAUGGAAGAGCUGCUGAAGAUUGCAUAUUCAAGAGAUUGGAUAGGGUUGUAGCUAAUAGUCCUUUCCAAGAAUUAUUCCCUCAGAUUGAAGUUGAACAUCUUAUUAAAUCAGGCUCAGAUCAUGCUCCAAUGAUCUUGUCUUGUGGAGAAGAAAAAGAAGUAGUGCAACAGAAUUGGAGGACAAAUUUUGUAGGGUCUCCUUAUCUGGCUUUCAAACAGAAAUUAAAAAAUCUUAAAAGUGCUUUGAUUAAAUGGAGCAGGGAUACUUAUGGGGAUAUCUUCCAACAGCUAGCUAUAAGGGAGGAAGUAGUGAAAGUGAAAGAGAAACUGUUCGAGGAGGAACCUAGCAUCAUUAACAGAAUUGUUCUUCAAAAGGCACUAGCAGAAUUGAAGAAGUACCUUAACCUAGAAGAGUAG